AUGCAUGAUCCGGCGGACAUCCGGAGCCUGCCGAUAGACAUCGCGUUCUCCCGUCUAGGAGGUGUGGGCCUCCGAACCUGCCUUGUUAUUUUUUUCCGCAUGAUCUGAACGGUGUGUUUCGACCGGUUCCUGCUCUUUUUUCUUAAUGUGGAUUCAUUUCUGGUUCUUGAUUUGCUUCAGAAUGGCUUGUGGAUCGGAGGAGGAUCCCGUCCGACUGGAGGAAGCGCCUUGGGUCAAUCAGAUCACGGAUCUCCUCCGCGUUCUCGUCCCUUCCUAGGGAUUUGGAUCCCUUCUUCAAAACACUGGAUCCUGAAGGUGGUGCGAUCUCCUUAGUCAGUGAUCGUUUCUUAACUAUUUUACCACUACCCGUCAAUGGAAAUUGCGAUGCUCGUCUGUCCUUUUUUUUAUUAUAUCAUGGCAUUCGUCGAAUCCAUCAAUUUCGUGUCCAAGGAAAUUCAUUCAGUUGGGAGUGUUUAUUUCACUCUUUUAAUUUUCAUUUUUUGGUUCCCCAGUAUCAAUUUUGUCUGGAAGAACUUUCAGAGGCCCGGUAGGAGUUGCUGAACUCUCAGGGGAACUGUGAAACUCAGCAAGCAUCUGCAUUUAUUCUACGAAUAUGUUCUAUGAAAGUUUUCAAGCUUGUGGAUUUAUUCGAUGAGCAUGUACCAUGACUGUCGGCAAGCAUGUGCAAAAGUAGUCUUCAAAUAUGAGCGAUCUGAUUUUAUCUCUCUUCAUACCGCAUUUAUUAACACGAAGAAAUGUAAUGAUAUCAUGUCGUCGAAAUUUUAUGUUCACGAUGACAAAGUGACGGGUAUUCCUUGUGGUCUAGGAUUUCCACAAUAUAUUGUUUUUCUGAUCACUUGUUUUUGUCACCGAUGAGUCCAUUCGUGCUCACGGUUUUGGACAGCAGUCUCUGAUUCUGCAAUUGGUAAAAUCUUGUUCUUGAUUUCGUGGAUUGAGCGCUAGAAGCCAACCGUAUGUACAUAUAAACAGCCUGAUUACGACCUUUAGAGGUGUUUUUUGACCUUGUGAAAUCUAGAGUAUGAUCAAAAGGUUUUACAACACAAGGGAAAGUUCAUUUGAUGAAAAUCCUCUAAUGAAAAUCGUAGACCAAUCGUUGAGGAAUGAAAAUCGAUGUACAUAUUCUUUGUGCUCCUCAUUCUGUUAUUUAUGGACUUUUAGAAAAAGUCAACUUAAAUUGAGCAGAGGAACAUAUUUAAAAGGUUUUUUUUCCUUAAUAUUUGUUUAAACACUUAGAUAAGAGUUUUGAUGGUCAUCCACAUCACAUGAACUGUUAAAGUAUCAUAUUAUCAAAGUCCCAUUAAAGAAGCGACUUAUUUGAGAGUACUUAAAAGUUGCAUUCCAGAUGAUCCAUAUUGUAAAGAGGGUGCCCACUCUUAUUAUAACUGGAAUUCUUUAACUGUCAGCAGCCACUGACUUGAUAAACGUGAAUGCAGAAAAUGGCUGCUAAAUUCUCUCUCUCUAUCUCUCAAUAUUGAUGUCUUUGGUUUUCUUCUCUCUUUGAUAGUUAGUCAACCUUCAUUCGCCUCUUCUCUUAUUUCCCUCUCAACCCUUAUUUUCAUCCUGCUACUUUGGUUUCUCUUUUAGGUUUUUCCCUUUGUUCUUGCUAUGUGAUAGCCUGUCUAAUAUUUUAUUUGACGAUUGAUGAUUGUAACUAGCUAGCCUUAUAGUGCAGUAUGGAUUCCUAACUUGUAGAUUCUUAUAGUUUCAAGAAUCUUAUAUCCCACCCUUCCUACAAUCCCCUUUUAUCGGCUUUUACUGAUAUUUAGCGUUUUCAAAUCAUAGCUUAGGAGGAUCGGAAUGGCUAUGAAUUGUCGUUUGGUAGAUUUCUUUAAUUGAACAUUCUCUAAUGUCCUGAAUCAUUUAAUGCAGUGAUUGGAUAUGUGGAAGCGAAACAAAUAUAUACUAUUCUUCUGAAUUCAACUACUGAAAACCGCAAUAUUUUUGGACGGCUUUCAGGUUCCGCUGUAAGAUUCAUGAUGUUCUAUCCUCUCGUUCCUUUCUACGUUUUAUCAUUGUUUGUUGAAUAAGUGAUGGGUUAUAUUAACGUUGAAACAUUUUCUAGAAAUCAUGAGAUGGAGAAACCCAUGGAACUGAGAGUUAUGCGAGAAAUAUCCAUGAAGGAAAAGUAGAUUGAAUGUUUAUAAAAAAAAAGGGAGGAAUAUAUCACAGCUCUAAGCUUAUAGUCUGCUGUAGGUUAAUAUCUCGUGUACUGAAUUUUUGGAAAACUUUUAGUGAAUCAUAAUUCGUCAAUCUAGAAUUCUGUUGAUUUGAAAUCUUGUUUGACCAUCGAAUUUCUGAUAUUCAGGGUGAAUGGGAGUCCAUUGUGCGAGCUUUUGAGAAGGAUCAUAUAUUUCUUGGAGAGGCUGCUCAAAUAAUGUCUCAGAACGUGAACUACGAAAUGUAAACCUUCUCAGUUUACAGAUCACACAAAGAGUAUGUGUUUUUUAGUUUAGAUGUUGCUUACUGAUGAUAUCUAGAUCUUAUGGUGAAGACCCUACCAGAAAAAGCUGGUACAGAAGACUCAGCAACAACUGGCUGAACUUGAACGAAAAGAGGCGGAGAUCAAAAGGAAUGCUGCUUUAUCCGCAGCUAAAUAUUCAGAAUCUUGUCGAGAGCUUGGAUUGAAGGUUGGAUUCAAGGCUAUUUGACUAGUUCAAUUUUCGAGUUCCAGCCUCCACAGUCUAUUUUCCCUUUAUUUUAAUGUAAUCCUGCGAUCCAAUGAUCAUGUCACUAGUUGCUAGGAGAUUCUAACUGGAACUUUCCUUGAUCCUUUGCAGGGAGAAAAUGUAAGAUUGGAACUUCUUGAGACGGCAAAAUCACUUCCUACUACAUUUAGCAGGAUACUGGAUGCCCUCGGUGAUCAUUCAGUGUUGCAGGCGAUGGAGUAUUACUCAAACUUUGUUAGAGAUGCACAUACUGAAAAAGAUGUAGGCAUAGCGAUCACUGGAUUUUCCAUUUUUUUUUAGUUAUUUACAUGGCUGCAUAUUGAAGAGUCAUCUCAUAUCUAUGAUUAUCUACCAUUUGUUGGGAUAGUCGCUCUGCCUCUAAUUUUUCUUCUACCUGAUGUUGCAGAAAAGUUCAAGUCAAGUACUCACAAACCUGAAGUGCCUCUAUGAUAAGCCGCCUAAUCUGAAUGUAUCUGUCUCAGUUGAAGUCAUCAAUUCUCUAAGGGAUUCAGCAAAGUUGAAUUCUUCUUCACUCGGUGAGGGGGCACAAGUAGAUGGGCUUGACACUACUGACGGAAUUGACUGGAACAUUUCUGUGGAUGCUUCUCAAAUCGACUGGGAUGUUACAAACGGGCAGACUGACGAAUCAGCAAACGGCUUUGGUUCCUAUGAGAUAAUCAGUUCAAGCAGGGAACUGCAAGAUUAUGAAAGAGGGAAUAACACAGAAGAAAGCCUUGUCGUGGGAACUUCAGAGUCAGAAAUAUGUUGGGAUGUCAGCAUUGAAAAUCCCCCAAUAGAUGUUCUAGAAGAUGCUGUUCUUCCCGAAGCUCAGCUAUGUGAUGUAGCUGCGUUGGAACUGCCUCAGGUUGUGGAGGGAGAAAGAAGUCAGUUGCUGGAUACAGAAUAUAGGAACAAGAUUCUGGAUGAUUUGUUUGAGGUAAGCUACUAGUUCAUACGCUGAUUAAUGUCAUUAAUUCAUUUUAAACUUCCAUCUAGAUCACGUGACAAUUACCUGUCUUACUCAUCUGGAAGUAAUUCUACAGCAUAUUUAUUCAGCUAAUAAUGAAGAUUAUGUGGGAAAACGAUAUGCUAUUCAGACUUCAAAUUUGAUUCAUUAUUUCAUAUAUUUCUUAGCUUUACAUAUAUAUAUGCCAUUUAAACCUUAGUAUUAAAUCACCAAUUACGGUAUUCUAUCUAUUUUACCUUCACGCUGGCCAACCUCUUUUCUCAUUAUGCUGCCUGUAUUACAGUUCUACAGGUAAAUUAGAUCCUUGUGGUGAUUGUGUAUAUAUAAUUCUGUCUUCCUCUGCCUUUGCUUUUCAGUUAAAAUCUUUUCUGAGUCAGCGUUUAGCGGAGAUGAGGAGCGAAGAAACUUCUUCUUUGCAGCAUCAAGUACAGGCCGUAGCGCCAUUUGUGCUGCAGCAAUACACCUCUGAUGCAAUUGAGAUGAUGCUCUCUGGAGUGUCUUUGGCCAUUUCAGUGCUUGCAGAGCGGAGGACUAGGGACUUGAUAAUGAUCCUCAAUUCCAAAAGGUUCUAGCUUCUUUUCUAUUUAGAGCAAUUUAAGCUUCCCCUGCAUCUGUUCUAACCUCUACAUCUGCUUCCUGCAUCGUUUUGGAACUGCAGAUUUCUGGACAGAUUGGUAUCCACAUUGGAGGCUAAGAAGCAUCACGAGGUCAAACUGAGACAGAGCUUGAGCGAUUUGUCUGCUAGGCGUAUGGAGCUUCAGAAUGCGCUGACUUCAUCUUGGCCAAAACAGGUAAGUUCGCAAGUUGACUCACAACAUUUAUAGGGUUUCUGCUUCCUCUUGGUUGACUACACUCCACAAAUAGUAUAAGCUAGCUUCAAUCCCAAAAUGUUGACCAAACCAUUACCUCAAGUCUAGCUUCUUUAGUAAUGGAAAGCCUGUUAAUUAGGAAACCAUAAUGAGAUUCAAUAGGAUUGAAGAUGAGAACCAUAGCACUCUGAGAACUCGCAAAACAUGAAGAACAGUUGACCAUUUCAGAGCAUCAGUCGGUGGGACACGAGAGAGAGAGAGAGAGAGAGAGAGAGAGAGAGAGAGAAAGAGAGAGACCGAAGAUGCAGGUCCUUUGGUCGCCCAUUUUCCCAGGCCCAUAUGUUCUAGAGGACGAAGAAUGUUACUCUACCAGUCUGAUUCCGAUAGCUUCGCCUUCUGACGUCUCCAUCUCCGAAACAGGAAGCAGCGCUCGCAAGGACCAGAGAGCUCAAGACUCUCUGUGAGAGGACGUUGUCUUCCAUGUUCGACGGGAGGCCGGUCAACAUAAUUGGAGAGGUCAACUCUCUGCUGGGCACCAGUGCCGGCGCUUGA